AUGUCUUUCUUUCGUUCAUUCAAUAUAAAUACUAAAGAAACACCUGCAGAUUAUGGUCAAGCACAACCGAACAGUUGUUAUAACAUUCAGCAAUGGCCAUACUAUCGAGAUCUAGCUAUUCAAUCCGGUCACUCGGCAAUUUCAUCUGAACUCGCCUCGCUUCGUUAUUCUCGUCUCGAACGUUCUCUCUAUAAUCUUGUUUACACACCCAAUGACGAACUCGAUCAGUUUAUUCUCUAUCUUGACUCCCGCUCGUUCGCCCCGCAUUUACAAUUUAUCCUUGAAGUGAACAAUUUCGAAAAAGUCAUUCGAGAAAACAGUAUCGACGAUCAGCAAACAAUCGCAUUAACAUUAUUUCAUAAAUAUUUAUCCAUUGAUGCAAAAUAUUUCCUUCCAAUCAAUGACGAAAUUCGACGAACAACUUUAUUAUUGAUUUGCCCUUCAGAUGAAAGUAGUCAACCUGAUCCGAAUUGUUUUCAAAUGGCACGAGAAUAUAUUUGGCAAUUGAUCGAACGGAGUGAAUAUCAAACUUAUCUACAGAGUAGUUUUCAUAUUAAAUAUCAACUGAAGAUCGUGAAAGGAAAUCAAUUACAGUUACAUGAUUUUCUUUAUCACAAACCAUCAUUGUCGUAUUUGAUAGAAUUUGCAGAACGAGAGAAUAUUAUUGAUCUCGUUCGGUUUUGGAUUGAUGUCGAACAAUUUUAUCACAAUAUUACAAAUCGAGAACUUAAUGAUCAAAUACUCGUCGAAAACGCUCUCUCAAUUUACGAUCAAUACAUUUCUAUGCAAGCACCUGCACGCUUAGGUUUCGAUGAUGCAAUUCGAACAAAGAUCGAAUGUAGUAUUUGUCAACCAGAUCGAACUAUUGGUCCAUUGGUUGAUACAUUUGAUCAAGCAGUUUGGAUGAUCUAUACUAUUUUACAACAAGAAUAUUUUCCUCGGUUUCUACGCAGUGUAAGCUUUCAUCGAUAUACAAAUGACCUUAUGAUCAGAUUAAAACACAAUGAUUGUGUUACUAGUUUCCAACGAAAGAAAUCUAAUGACUUUGAUUCAAUCUCGGUUGAACUCGAAAACGUACCUCAGGCAACAUCGUUCGGACAUCAAACAGGUAUUACGAAAUCGUCAUCCUGUUCAAAUAUCAAUGACGAAAUCGAAGCGAAAUCUAAAGGAAGACUAUCCAUGGGAUAUGUGGACUCCUUAGGUCGUUUUAUUCGUGAUCAUGAUGUUACUUCUACUGAUAUAUCUUCAACUCCCAAUCGUAAACCAUAUUCUAAACCAUUACAAUUUUUCACCCACUUAGUCCGCAAUGAGCCAGAUUCGAUGGUAACGGAAGAAGAUGCAGCACGAUUUGCAGCAACACUUAUUAAUGAAAUCACCAAUCGCACUGUUAACAUAGAUACCGACUAG